AUGCUUUCAGAUGAUGGCUGGGAGGCUGUGUUGCAAGAUGUGAUUGGGUUUCAGCCCGGGCACGGGGCUGGGCAAGGGGAGGAGGCUCCAGCUCCAGCGGCUGAGGAAGAGCUGGCUGCGUCCCAGCCAUCGUUGUCUGAUCCAUCGCUGGCAGAGCUCUCAGACAUGGCCGAGGCAUGUCGGUCUGCAACCGACGACAGCGACAGCUUGCCUGACAACAGCCUUUGGUGGGUGAACCUGAUCAAGUCCCACGCGAGCGGCCACAGCAGACCUCAGCCGUGCAAGGUUCCCAGAACCGUGCUGUCGGCUUGUUCUGGCAGUGCUGCAGAGCUCAUGGUUCUCAAGGCCCUUGGCAUCCCCUUCGUGUGCUGGAGCACAAGCGAGCCCUGUGCUGAGUUUCGCAGCUUCCAGGCAGCCAACCAUGGACCAGCCAUUCACCACAUGCGUAAGACAAUGCAGGAUCAGGUGACUGACUGCCCCUGCACUUUGCAUCCGGAAGCCUCAGCUUGCUUUGUGGACCACAGUCCAAGUUUGGCGGUGUAUGGCACACCGUGUAAGCCUUACAGUGUGCUUCGUGCAAAGCGCUUUGUGAAUGGAAGCAGGAAGCAUGUGUCUUACGACGUGACUUUUUCAGAUUCCUUUGACUGGCUCCAGAAGCACACGCCUCUGGUUGCGAUCAUGGAGCAGGUGAUGGGGUUCGUGUCUCCGGAAUCUCAAUCUGUGGAGGAAAGCCCCAUGGACAGGUGGGGCUUCUGA